AUGGAGAGUGGAGCAGGAAAGCACUGGACUGAGGAAGAGGUUAAAGCUUUGCUAAGUGUCUGGGCAGAAAAAAAUAUACGAGAACAACUUUAUGGAACACUGAGAAAUAAAGGAAUAUUUAUUUACAUUGCUAAAAGGCUGCGAGCACUAGGAGUAUACAGAGAUUGGAAACAGUGCCGGGCAAAGUACAAAAAUCUCAAAUAUGAAUACAGAACAGUUAAAUAUGCCCACAACUCUGGAGACAGCUCUAAAACUAUGAAGUUCUUUCAUGAUUUGGAUGCCAUCCUGCAGUAUGAACCUGCCACACCAUUCACAGAGGAAGAUGCAAAUGACAGGUGCCUGGCAACGCUGAGCCCAAGUACAGCCCCAGGGACCACCGAAGGCAAAAUGUCAGUUACAUCAGAAGACAAGGAAGACAUCUCAGGAAAUCCUUUACUUUUGGUUUCUCAAGUCAGACCAAUGGAACUAGGUGACUCUACAGCAAUAAUGGAGCCCCCUAAUAACCCAACUGUCAUCCCAACUGUAGCAAAUGAAGGAGGAAAGCACUGGACUGCGCCAGAAGUCAGGGCUCUAAUAGGCAUCUGGUCUGAUCAAGGGAUACAACAGCAGCUAGAGGGCACAAUGAGAAAUAAACGGAUAUUUGAACAAAUUGCUGCCAAGCUUCAGAAACUUGGAAUAGAGAGAGACUGGAAGCAGUGCAGAACGAAGUACAAAAACUUAAAACAUGAAUACAAGACUGUAAGAAUGGCUAGAGACCUAGGCGUGGCUAAAAGCAUGAAAUUUUUUACUGAGUUGGAUGCGAUUCUGGGACACAAGAAAACAGAAAACUCACAACAGGAAUCCCAAGAUGAAGAGCAAGCCACAGGAUGUGCCCAUGUAAAGAUGGAAGAGGAUCAGACAGAGGAAGACACUGCAAGUAAUGCCUCAGAUGAGGUGGGCGGCCUCACAGCGCCACACGGUAUUCCUGGGUCAGAAUUAUUUGAAAAUCAUACCAAAAACCCAAGAACUUUGAGCAUCAAGAGAAAAGCACUUGAAGAUGAACCGGCAGCUGUAUCUCUUAAGAAAACUGCUUCUGAGACCGCUGCAAAUCAAUUUCCUCAAAGAACAACAGAACCAAAAGAUUCUUCAGAAUAUUUCUGCAGUCAGGAGACUCCCUACGUGACCCAACUUCAUCAGAGUCCUGCGUCUCUUCCCAGCGCGGCCGAAGCCCCCGGACCACCCCGGACAAUGGCGGCAGUCGAAGUACUGAAGAUUGGUAAAAAACUCUAUGAGGGUAAAACAAAAGAAGUCUAUGAAUUGUUGGAUAGUCCAGGAAAAGUCCUCCUGCAGUCCAAGGACCAGAUUACAGCAGGAAAUGCAGCCAGAAAGAAUCACCUUGAAGGAAAAGCUGCAAUCUCAAAUAAAAUUACCAGCUGUAUUUUUCAGUUGUUACAGGAAGCAGGUAUCAAAACUGCUUUCACCAGAAAAUGUGGGGAGACAGCUUUCGUUGCACCGAAGUGUGAAAUGAUUCCAAUUGAAUGGGUUUGUAGAAGAAUAGCAACUGGUUCUUUUCUCAAAAGAAAUCCUGGUGUUAAGGAAGGAUAUAAGUUCUACCCACCUAAAGUGGAGAUGUUUUUUAAGGAUGAUGCCAAUAAUGAUCCACAGUGGUCUGAGGAACAGCUAAUUGCUGCAAAUUUUUGCUUUGCUGGACUUGUUAUAGGACAAACUGAAGUGGAUAUCAUGAGUCAUGCUACACAGGCUAUUUUUGAAAUACUGGAGAAAUCCUGGUUGCCCCAGAACUGUACACUAGUUGAUAUGAAGAUUGAAUUUGGUGUUGAUGUAACCACCAGAGAAAUUGUCCUUGCUGAUGUUAUUGAUAAUGAUUCCUGGAGACUCUGGCCAUCAGGAGAUCGAACCCAGCAAAAAGACAAACAGUCAUAUCGUGAUCUCAAGGAAGUAACUCCUGAAGGGCUGCAGAUGGUAAAGAAGAAUUUUGAGUGGGUUGCAGAAAGAGUAGAGUUGCUUCUGAAACCAGAAAGUCAGUGCAGGGUUAUAGUAUUGAUGGGCUCAACCUCUGAUCUUAAUCACUGUGAAAAAAUUAGGAAGGCUUGUGGAGAUUUUGGCAUUCCAUGUGAACUUAGGGUCACCUCUGCGCAUAAAGGACCAGAUGAAACUCUGAGGAUUAAAGCUGAGUAUGAAGGGGAUGGCAUUCCUACUGUAUUUGUGGCAGUGGCAGGCAGAAGCAAUGGUUUAGGGCCGGUGUUGUCUGGUAACACCGCAUAUCCAGUUAUCAGCUGUCCUCCUCUCACUCCAGACUGGGGCGCUCAGGAUGUGUGGUCUUCUCUUCGAUUACCCAGUGGUCUUGGCUGUCCGACCAUCCUUUCUCCAGAAGGAUCAGCUCAGUUUGCUGCUCAGAUAUUUGGAUUAAAUAACCAUCUGAUCUGGGCCCGACUGCGAGCAAGUGUAUUAAACACAUGGAUUUCCUUGAAGCAGGCUGACAAGAAAAUCAGAGAGGCCAAUUUAUAAGAAAGAACAUCACUGCAUUUUUUUAGGAGGAAAACUAUAAUUUUCUAGUUCAGCUGCCGCCCCCCAAAAAAUCAAGAUGAAAAGAUUUUAGAUGAUUGAGAGAAAAAUAAAAUUUGUAAGUGAAUAAAUGCUUUUCUCGAUUCAUGGAUUAGUAAAAUGUGUACAUACUUACUAAUGUCUCUUUAUGUAGUGAAAUUACUAUACAUUCAAAAUUAAUCUGUUACCCACAUGGUCAUUGUUAGGUAGACAGUAUAAUUAAUUAUAUUUAUUAAAUGCUAAUAAUGUCCUAUUACAGAGCUCUAAAGUUGUUACUUGACUUUCUACAUCUCAGCCCAUAAGUUUUAGAAAUGUAAAAUGGUUGUGUCUUAGAAAGGGUGGUUAAACACAAUACAGGCCUUUUUCACAGUAUGAUCUUAACAAAAUUCUAAGGGCAUGGUUUUUUAUUUGCAGUCACUAUGUCAGAAAAUGAUGUUGUAUUUAGCUAUAAGUAGAGAUGAAGUCUGGGUUUGAUAUUGCCUUUUUUUGACCAAAGCUCAGACUAAUGUUAGGGCUAAGACAGACAUAAAUAAGAUGAAGGGGCACUGAGGAAGCCAUAUAGAGAACUUCUGAGAACUUCUCCAUUAAGUGUUAAGGCAAUUUCCAAUGGGAAAAAAAGUAGUUACCUUUGUCAUUGCCAAUGAAAGAUUUAAUAAAUCUUUCAAGGCUCUGUAGGUCAUAGAAUUCUUUUCAUUCUAAUAUAUAUUGUAUUCAGACUAACAAUUCCCAGCCUACCAUCAUUUUCAGAAAUUGGAAUCUCCCAGUUAAUGACCAUAACUAGUUUCUUUCUUGUUCAUAGUAUUAAGCCUGGGCAGUAUACCGAGCAAAAUGCACCUCUAAAGGAGCAGUUGUUACUGAAAAGUAUUACAGUUCUUCAUGAGUCUAUAAACCAUAUUUGGAAGUCAGUAUUACAUUAUGCAGACUUGGGAAUUUUACAGAUCAUUAAAAGUUUUAUCCAAGUGUCCACACAGCCCUUAAGCUUGCAUGUAAAAACUUAUGUAUAUGUUCACUUUGAAAGGAGGGCAGUUUUUACCAAUUAAUCUGUGUCGCUCCCUUCCUACCCACCCACCAGCCCGAGUGCUGAGUCUCCACUGCAGAUGAAGUCCUGAAAACUUUUGCCACUGGCCUACACUGUGCUUUUUCACCUUCCUCUCAACUGUUAACAGGCUAGCAUCUUAUCACUUAUUUAACAUGAUCUCUUUAGGGUAUAACUGGCCUGAUUAUUCCUUUUCUUGGGCUAGACACCAAAUUGUUCCAACCUCAGUCUUGAUCAUUCCUCAUAUAGUACUUUUUACUUAAUUAUUGGUAUUUCCUGCUGUUCAGUCCAUUGUUUACAAAUAGUGCUAGAAUAAUCAUCUUUAUAGUGAAUGUCUGUAGACUUGUAUUUUCAGCUUUCCAUUUCCCUCUGAAUGCUCCAAACUUAACCCAUCUUCCAAGCCUAUAGCUGGCUAUACUCACUGUCCCAAAUCAGAAGCUUAAUUUUAUCCUUGAUGGUUUUCUCUGACCUUUCAUUUUUAACUCAUCACCAAGUCUUGAAUUUACCGUUUACCCAUCAUCUACAAAAUCUCAAGCAAGGGUCAAAUUCUGUUAUUAGCCUGGUCUAGAAGAUCUUCAUUCUCAACCUAACCUUCUUAAAGAUUGUCCAGGGACUUAAAACACAAACUCUUAAAUAAGUUUCUUUUGCAACACAGACUCCUUUGAAAAUAAGAAUGCUGCUGAUCCUCUGUCUAGAAAAUUGCACAGAAUUUCUCAGUGUGUUCCACUGGUUCCUGGGUUCCCUUGAAAUCUGUCCAUAGUCUGUAGGUUAAGAAUCACUGAUGUAACCUAUCAAGAGAACUUGCUUUUCUCAUAGUUUUCAGAUUUAGAAUGUCCUCGUGUGUCAUUAAAAUCGAGUUACUAGGGUUUCAUCUUCACUGUCUCCAUUAAACCUUCCCUAAUAGACCUUCCUCUAGCUACAAUGACUACAAGUACUUUCUCUGUUGGAUUGUAAGUUCCCAAAGAGGAGAAAAUAUACUUUUACAGUUUAUUUGCCUUAUGCUCUGAUGUGCUAUGCCUAGCUGUCUGCUAGAAAUGGGGGGAAUUGUAAAAAUCAUGUCCUGCUUAGUUUUCUAUCUUAAAUUAGAUCACAUUAGAUCACAAGAGCAAUUAAAAAGAUUUGAUCUGAACAUCUUUGAACUUGGGAUUCUUAAGGUCUCUGAAUAGUUGUUAUAUUUGUUGGCUGCUAUUUCAGCUCUUCUAUCCCACCUAGCAGAAGCUCUGCCUGUUCUUGUGUAGUACAUAAACAUGUCAAACAUUGAGACUGGUGUCCAGGACUGACCUUUAUUAAUGGUCAUAAUAAUGUUCACCAUUAGUUUCUUAAUAGAGUACAUAUAUCCUCAAUGGUAUAAUUCAUCAGUGCUAGAGUAAAUACUUGUUUAAAAGUAUUUUAACUGUGUUCUAAAAAGUAACUUACACAAACCUACCUGGUUUGCCAUCUUUGGAUGUUUAGACUUUGUGGGCUUGUAGUUAAAAAGAGGAAGAAAAAUUGUGUCCAAAUAACUCACUAGUUUAUAACAUAAAGCCACACCUAAAAUUGCUGUUGCUUUAAUGCCUUCUGAAAUGUAAACAAUGCCUCCAAAUAAAAGACAAAGAUAA